GCAAAGAGAAGAAUCCAAAAUUCUUUUAGAUUUUGGAGCCAAAAUGUUCAAACAGCCAGCAGGCCAGAUCGAAGACUCGUCACGGGGGCAAUUCCCUUCCCUUCCCUUCCCUUCCAUUCGUCGUCUCCCCCGCCCUACGCCCCCUACCCCCACCCCAGAGAGAGAGAGAGAGAGAGGCCGAGGGAGCAGAGGAGAGCUCGCGGCUGGCCACUCCACUCCACUGCCGCCGUUGCUUCCCCUCCUCCGCGCUCAGCCCAAGCACCCCGCCCUCCGGUCCCUUCUCCUCGCCGGCCGGGUGCCUCCCGAACCCUAGAGAGCUCGCACGGCCCGCCCCGCCCCGCCCCGCCCAGCAGGCAGCCGCCUCGGAUCUCGAUUCCCCAAUUCUCUCGAUCCCGCGCGGAAUUCAGCUGCCGCCACCUCGAUCCAACCCGAAUCUCAGGCUCCCGACCUAGUGCCAUGGCAGCCGGGGGAGGCAGCGCCGACGACAUGCUGGGAUUCAAGGAGGACGACGCCAUGCGCUUCAUCUUCGGCGAGGACAUCAUGGGAAUGGAGGACCCUGGCGCCUUCGACAGAUCCCUCAUGGAGCUUCAGGUCUUCAAGGAGGUCUUCUGCGGGGCUGCCACCACCAUCCAUCUGCCCGCCGAGACGGACCUUGGAUUCAUCCACACCCACCACCCUCCUCAUGAUCCACAGCUCCAAAUGCCUCACCCUCACCCAAAUCUCCAGCUUCAGGACCACGCCCAGCCACAUGGGGACGACUUGGAUGCCGCCUUAAUGCAGGGUUUCACGGCUCACUGGCAGCCCGGGGCAGCUAAGUGCGCAACUCAUCUGGCCGGGCUCUACGAUGACCAGCACCACUUCUUCGGUGCAGAUGCUGCCACCAACAUUUUGGAUGUGCACGCGCAAGGGACACCUCAAGAUGUUGGACCUGCAGCAGGAACGUGCAAUGCACUCGUCGGUUUGGCUGGCAGCAGCAGCACUAGCGCGGUUGAUGACCCCAUGCCUUCCUACAUGGAAGCACUAGCUGAGAUUUCCGAGUUCCAAAGUGCCACUACUCUUCUUUCUGAUCCCUUCUUGCAUCAGUGGCUCCAGGGUCAGCAGCAAUACCCUACCGACGCGUGCUUCACCUACGAUCAAGGGCAGGUGGAUGACACUACCUAUCCCCUAUGUACAGGUAUAAAGGAAUUAUCUGACAGAGGGGGAGCACAACAACAUCCAUUCUAUAGAGAAGAAGCUCAUGGUACUCCAACACUACCUCAGCAGUCCCAAUUUUGGUUCAGCCCUGCUCAGUUCGCUGAACUUGAGGCCAUUUGCCGGAACGGAACGCCUGAUGCGAAUAUUAGUUCCCUGGAUGAAAUUGAUGCUCGUGGAUGCAGCAGCGGACACUCUGGCUCCGCAGCUGCUGUUUCCAAGAAGUCUUUCGGCAGGGAUAUUCCUGAUCAGCUGGAAGCACACGCGCAUCGCCUUUUCAAGGAUGCUGGGUGGACCAUUAAGCCACGGAAAAGGAAUGACAGGGCUAAGAUGGCAUCCUAUUUCACAGCUCCAAACAGGGAAGCGGUUCAUACCUCGCUAACUCAGGCUUGGAAGUUUUGUGGCAACAAGUUAUAUGAAGCUUCCGCAGAUUCAGAAAGGGGAAGGUAUCCAAAGGAGUGGUCGGAUGUUGAUGCAUUUUGGAAGGACCUCACGGAUGCAAUGGCCUAUGUUGAUAGGAUGCUUGCAAAACAGCAAAAUGCACUCACGCUUCUUCAGCGCUGGCAGAUUUUGGACCCUUUUGUAGCUGUUGUCUUCAUCAGUAGGAAAAUCACUGCUCUGCAGCAACACAAAACUCUUAGAGCUGUCAACAGUUCAACCUUUGUACUUGAUGGCAGCACAGAUAUGUCAUCAGGAAGUAAGACCAUGCACAAAGCCAGUGAUUUGUUGGCAAGCCGAAUGAUUCAGUCUACUCCACUGAUCACAGACUCUGAUUGCAGCACACUUGCAACUGAGAGCUACAACGGGCACCAGUCUUUACAGAGCUGUCAUGACGUGGAAGACAGCAACAAUAGGGAUAUGAAUCCAAAGCUCUGCUGCAACGGGAGUCUGAAUUACGAUGCAAGUGACCAAACAAAACAUCACAUUUACACAGGUGAUGAUGGAAGGCAAACCUGUGCUCAAGCAAAGGCUGUUAAUAGCUCUGUAAACAAGGCAAAGAAGAAAUCUAAAAGGAUGUUUGAUACUGACGCAGCUGGACUGGAUGGGUUGUGUUCUCAAAGCGUAAUGCAACCUACUAUGGAAAAUGUGUUUGACCAUGGGAGUAAUGUAGCAACCAUGGGCAUGCCCGGUGUAGUAAUCAUCAGUGCCUCUGUGGAACAUGGUAUGUGUUCAGGCGUUGACACACUUCAUAUGAAAGCUGAGUCUAAAUCAGAAAAGCUAGAUAAAGAUGACCAAAGCAAUAAUUGUGACAUGUUCCUGUCUUCAGAGAGCAAGCAACUGAACACGAUGCAGAGUGUAAGGACUGAGGAACUUAGUGAUUGCAAUACAUUCUCAGAUACCCACUCUACUGUAAGGGAGUCACAGUCAGAUGCCACAGCAUCCUGCCCUGAUGACAAGGACCAUGAAAAGAUAAUCUCACCCCCUGGACAAUUUUCUGAGGAUCCACAGGAUGGUCCAACAGGCAAUACUGUUCCUGUCCAAUUAUCCCAUGAAUGCAGUGCUACUGUUCUGAAAACUGAUCCAACUCGUGACUCACAAACCAGCAAGACAGCCACUGCUAGAAUGAAACCUAAAAUUUGGGAGAAGUACAUGAAGAAAAGACCUCGUGAAUUGAGGAUCAACGAUGAGGACCUUUUGAUCGCAGCUAUUGUGAAAAACAAGGAUCUUGUCUCCUGCCAUAAAUUUGCUGCAGGCUUUGCAGGUGCAAAGAAGUUCAAGAAGCUUAAGAGCCACAAGAAAUGUAACAAACUACUUUUUAAAACUGGAAAGGCUGGCUCAAACCUAUUGGGUGGGAAGAGAGUAUGUUUGGCCAGGAAAACUGUCAUCUGCUGGUUGAUUGCCACUGGCUUUCUGACUGUAAAGGAUGUGAUACAGUACCGGGAUCCUAAGAGGAAUAAAGUUGUAAAGGAUGGUCUGGUUACCUGGGAAGGCAUUGUUUGCAAUUGUUGCAAAAAAACCUUAUCUGUAUCAGACUUCAUGGCUCAUGCUGGUUGUAGCAACCCAAAGUCCUCGUUAGGCCUCUUUCUAGAGUCUGGCAAGUCAUACACUUUGUGCCAGGUUGAGGCUUGGUCUGCUGAAUUUAUGAGCAGGAGAAACAAUGCAUGUGGUAGAAAAGUUGAGGCAAUAGAUGAAAAUGAUGAUACAUGUGGUUUCUGUGGAGAUGGUGGUGAAUUACUUUGCUGUGACAAUUGCCCAUCAACAUAUCAUCAAGCUUGCUUGUCUUCUAAGGAGCUUCCAGAAGGUAGUUGGUACUGCCACAAUUGCACCUGCCAGAUUUGUGGGAGGCCAGUUACUGAGAAGGAGGUUUCGACAUUCUCGGCUAUUUUCAAAUGUUUACAAUGUGGAGAUGCAUACCAUGACACUUGCAUUGAACAAGAGAAGGUACCUUUUGAGGGUCAAAUAUCUGACACAUGGUUUUGUGGAAAAUAUUGUAAAGAGAUAUUCAUAGGAUUACGCAGUCAUGUCGGAACAGAUAAUAUUCUUGACAAUGAGCUUUCAUGGUCCAUAUUGAGAUGCAACAGUGAUGGGCAGAAGCUUCAUUCUGUUCAGAGGAUUGCCUAUUUGGCAGAAUGUAAUACGAAAUUGGCAGUGGCUCUUACUCUAUUGGAGGAAUGUUUCAUUCGUAUGGUGGAUCCUAGAACUGGCGUGGACAUGAUACCUCAUGUCUUAUACAACAAGGGAUCAAACUUUGCUCGUGUGGAUUAUCAAGGAUUCUAUACGGUAAUCCUGGAGAAAGGUGAUGAAAUUUUAUGUGUGGCUUCUAUCAGAGUUCAUGGAACUAAAGCUGCUGAGCUUCCUUUCGUUGCUACUUCUGUAGACUAUCGACGCCAAGGGAUGUGCCGUAUACUAAUGAACAUCAUUGAAAAGAUGCUGAGAUCAUUUAAUGUUAAGAUGUUGGUCCUUUCUGCCAUCCCAGAGUUGGUUAGCACAUGGGUGUCAGGAUUUGGCUUCAAACCUAUUGAAGAUGCUGAAAGGAAACAGCUCCAUAAUGUAAAUUUAAUGUUGUUUCCUGGAACAUCCUUACUAACAAAGAGAUUGGAUGGAUUUAUUAUGACUACAAAACCAGGUGAGGAAAAGGAUUUACAUGAAGAUUAUGGAUUGCCUAAUGGGAAAUCAAGAGAGCAUUUUGAACUCCAUGACAUUGACUUGUCCGGGAAAGAGUUUAAAGCUGAGGUUUCAGUGGGUGAUCCAUUCAGAACACUGAAACAUGAUUGUGGUUCAGCAGCAUGGUUUCAGUCUACUAAGUUAGCUGUUGGGGAAGUGUGAUAUUCUUACGUACUAAAUAUCUGGGCACAUGCGCUCCAUAGAUACUGGCCGCUUUGUGUUGGCCAAUUGUACCUUUCCAGAUCACAGCUCAGCUUAAUGGUGUAUACCAGCAUCUCUGUCAAGUAAGUUUUCAUCAGACUGUUGGGAAAUGGAUCAAAUGAGCCACACACAUCAAAGAUUUUGGAUUGAAUUGCAUAGAAGAUGGUAAAGCGGAAGCCCUGUCCUGAGAUAUGGUGAUUGGAUGUGGCCACUCUGAUUCUCAAACAUGGUAGACAUCACAAGGGUACCGCCGGAACACGGUAGAUCUGUUGAUUCGAGGGAUAUCGAUGGUAGCAUGCAGCAAACCAUCCAAGCUGUUGGAGGCACGCGAAAGUGGGUACAGCAUGGGCCAACCUGCCAGAUUGGACUCUGUGCACGGCAAUUUAAAUGGGUUAACUACAGAGAAAGUAAACACUGACGCAAUUCCAUCAUGAUCCAGGGACUGAUGGGAUGAUAUAAAGAACAGGACUACUGGAGUGAUGGUGCUUCAGGUGGCACAGGAACAGGCCGCCGUGUGGGUGGUGGUGAUUCAGCAGCAGCAGCAGCUAGAUUCAGGCUUUACUGUGUGCUACUAUACUUGUGUAAGAUGGAAUUGAUCCAGAUUCAAAAUAGAAAGUCAGGUUCCGGUGGGAAAAUUGCUUGCUGUGUUGGAAUCACAUACACCACAAGGGAUGAUUGAGCUUUGAGAUGCAUGGAUCAAUUUUCUUCUGUUG